GAGGGAGGUGGCAUGUGGAAUCAGCCAGGGCCGUGUUUGGGGCUGAUUUGGGGUGCAACCUCCCCCUAGCCCCCAAGGGCAUUGGUUGUGGAUGCCCUGGGGGGAAGCUCCUGCUCUCAUUUCCUCGCACAGCUAUGAGCCAGGAGGAUGCUUCCCCAUGGUGUGUCCCUCCUUCCUCCCGAAGGGGACCCCAGGGCCACCCCAGUGUCCCCCAGUCUUUCCAGGGUCAGGAGGGGAGAUGGAGUGGUGCUUGCUCCCUGAGCGGGCUGGCUGCAGGGUACCUGCGGGUGGGGGAUACCCAGUCCUGGAGGAACAACCGGAAUUGUGGAGUGGGAAGGCAAAAAGAAGCAGCCAAAAAUAGACCCAAGGGGAAGUGCUGGUGUCCUGCUCUGCGUGGUGAUUGCAGUGGCCCCACUCAGGGGGAUCUCCCAUUGGCACCGGCAGUGUCCCCAGCUGCAUCCCUCUGGGAUGCUGGUGCAUCACCAUCCCAGGAUCUCCAUCCCAGCAUCAUUACAGGAACAGGGCUGGCGGAGCCAGGGGAGUAUCUUUCUGGGACGCGCAUCAGCCCAGCUGCAGUGGAGAACUCCUGCCAGGCAGAAGGGGAAAUUUGGUCCUAGGGAGGGUCUGGGAUCAAACGGAGCCAAACUGGGGCCAGGGACCCCCAGCACUGUGGAGACUCAGCAUGCCCAAGUAGCUCUGGCAUUGCCAAGCCCUAGAGGGGCUCAGGGGUCUGGAAUCAGGGCAGGUGGGUGAAACUGGAGUGAAACGAGAGUUUGGAUCCAUACUGGGACAAUGCUGAAACGCAAUGGUCUUUAGAAAGGCAGGGACAGAGCAGGGUGUCCUACAUAUGAGGAGAUGUGAAGAGUGACUCUCACCUGUGAUUUCCCCAUCACAGCCGAGCAUGGGGUACACAUGAGCAACAGGAAAACCAGAGACGUGAAAUAUUUCCGAAGCUGCCUGCAAAGGGUGACACAUCUUUCCGUCUGGGAGGCAAAAUGGAGUCCUUCUCCUUCACUGGGGAUUUAUCCAAUCUCUUGUUCCUCUACAACUACACCUAUGACUACAGCACAGCCAUGCCUGACACUGCUAUCUCCUCCGCCCCGUGCCGGCCCAAUAGCUCCGCCAUCAACAAGUACCUAGUGGUAGUGAUCUACUGCCUUGUCUUCAUCCUCAGUGUGGUGGGAAAUGGGCUUGUGGUGCUGGUGCUGACCUCCAGCCACACCAACCGCUCUGUCACCGACGUCUACCUACUCAACCUGGCUGUGGCAGACCUGCUCUUCGCCCUCAGUCUGCCUCUUUGGGCCGUCUACAGAGCCCAUGAGUGGAUCUUUGGCACCGUGAUGUGCAAAGCCAUCUCUGUGCUGCAGGAGGCCAACUUCUACAGCGGCAUCCUGCUGCUGGCCUGCAUCAGUGUGGACCGCUACCUGGCCAUUGUCUAUGCCACCCGGGCUGCCACUGAGAAGAGGCACUGGGUGAAGUUUGUCUGCUUGGGCAUCUGGAUUUUCUCUGUGUUGCUGUCCUUGCCUGUACUUCUAUUCCGUGAGGCUUUCCACUCACCCAGCAAUGGCACCGUGUGCUAUGAGCACAUCAGCGGUGAGGAAACGGCCAAGUGGCGGGUGGUGCUGCGGAUUCUCCCGCAGACCUUUGGCUUUGCCCUGCCUCUCCUGGUGAUGCUUUUCUGUUAUGGUGUCACCAUUCACACCCUCCUGCAGACCAAGAACUCCCAGAAGCAGCGGGCCAUGAAGGUUAUCUUCGCUGUGGUGCUGGUCUUCCUCAUCUGCUGGCUGCCCUACAACAUCACGUUGGUGAGCGACACCCUCAUGAGGACAGGGGCCAUCACAGAGACCUGCGAGAGGAGGAACCGCAUUGACACAGCCCUCUCCAUCACGCAGGUCAUGGGCUUUGCACACAGCUGCAUUAACCCCAUCAUCUACGCCUUCAUUGGGCAGAAGUUUCGCAACAGCUUCCUCAAGAUCCUGGCUCAGCGUGGACUCAUCAGCAAGGACGCUGUGGCCCGCUAUGGCCGUGCCUCUUAUGCCUCCACCUCUGGCAACACCUCCACCACUCUCUGAGCCCUGCCAUGACCCAGCCCUCAUGGCUUCCAGCAAGCACCCAAGCAUCUUUGCUCAAGCCGCUGAUGGUGAUGAGGCCAUGGGGAUGAGCAAGGCCACAAGUAGAUGCUGGACUGUGUGUGCAAGGGGGCUUGGGCAGCGAGGAGGGUAGGACCAAUGCCAAGUACCACACACCAUCCCUGCUCUUUGUGGUAGAGCCUCUGACUUUGGGGACCCUUCAACCCUGCUGUGGGGAUGGCGUUUGUGGCUGACAGCUGUCCAGCAAUAAAGGAGUU